AUGCUAGAGCUAUUCAGAGGAGCAACCGCAUUAAUCGAUGAGAUUGAUUGGGUCAUGCACCCUUUGAAGAGUGAGCUGCAUUGGCCCUGUGGCCCGGUGCGUGCACUGGACAUGGCGGAAGCCACGGUGGAUGCAGUCCACGAGAUGGGUGGUAGCCUCCAAGCAGCUUUCAAGGCAGGUGUUUCCGAGAACAAGAUGAUGAUGAAGCCACACCCAGUAGUACUGGACAGAAGGUGGUAUUAUGUGCAGUUGCUGCCGCUUCUGGCAACCGAGCUGGCAAGUUUUCUUGGACCGCGUACGCCGGUGCCCAGGGAAGAGUUGCUGGCCUUCUUUGGUCCGGAAGGGCACUGCGGCCCUACCCUGACAAGGCUCCCUGAUGCAGAAACCAAGCUCUUGACCCUUGGCCGGCAGCUGCUCCACAGUUUGCCUCAUCGCAUCCGCUAUGGACUGCUGCCUGACCGUGCCAGCUUCCAAGCGGAGUGGCCAGCGCCGUCGCUGGGCUUAGCACACGUGGGCGAGGCCGUGCCCUUCAUUGGCAAAGACUGUCCCUCCACAGCCUCAGAGUUUGCCCAUCCUGACGUUGCCAUCGGGUCGGCCACUCAGCUCGUGCAAAAUGUACGAGACCAGAUAGGACAGUUACCCACAGGCCCAGAGGUUGCGCAACUAUUGAACUUAGCUUGCCCCAUGCGGCUGCUUCACAGCUCAUUCCGACAUCAAGCCAACGCCUCAUGCACCAGGUUGACUCUCCUAUCCUACCGCUACGAGGGUCUACGGAAGACGGACUUCGUCCUGCUGUUGAAGCUUCUUCGGGUCAGAGUCGAUGUCGAGCAACGAGCGCAGUCAUGCGCAAUCGUUCACGUGUGGAAGGCAGAGAUGGACGAAGAGAGAGGGCCACAUGCCAGGAAGCUGGAGGCCGCGUCACUGGCUUCAGCUGGGUUAGACCCCCAGCUCAACGAGUGCUCCACGAGUGCAUGUGCGGGUUUUGAUAAGAUGAGGAUGAGGCUCGCUUGGAUGCCCCUCCUGCAUGCCAGCCCAUGCUUGAAGAUGGACUUGAGGCUUCGUGCCAACGUGUGGCCACUGGAGCGGGUGAGCCUGAAAGACAAGCAGCAGGUGCACUUGCUGUGGCGCUUGCUAUGGCGCACAGUCGGGGCCGUCAAGUAUUAUCUCUACGAGCACGUCUUUCCUGGUGUCAUGGGCCUGAGUGACUCGCUGUUGUCGUGCACAGCUCAGGAGCUUGGGAGCAGUGUGCUCUUUGGUCGACGUCUGGGAUUCAGUGGCACACCCUCCGAGGUCCUGCCUGCCAGUAUGGGCAGGAUCCAUUACGAGCAGGGCUGCGAUGCGAAGAUCCUGAGCACACUUCUGAACACCAACGUCGUCACUCGGACAGAGACACUGCCUGCCGGCUGGGACCCACUAUGGCUUCUACGCCGUGCUGCGACGGGAGAGUUCCAUGCGCUUAUUGAUGCCGGUGCGCUGGUGGUUGGCCUGUCCAACUUCACAGCUGCCACAAGACUGUUGGAGUCAUUGCCGUCGUCGUCAUUUUUUGGCGUGGUCUUCCUGACUGAAACAGACGAGUCUGUGGUUCUGGUUCGAGAAGGGCGUGUCCUGCCCUUAGCCGAUUGUGGCUUGGCACCAGAGCAGAGGUUCACGUUCUAUGAUCACGUGCAUACCACCGGGCUGGAUGUGCCACAAGCUCCCUAUGCACGUGCUGCACUGACCCUGGGCAAAGACAUGCUGUGGAGAGACUAUGCCCAGGCAGCAUUUCGCAUGCGAGGGCUUGGUCCUGGCGCGCAAAGCUUGCAACUGCUGGUACCUCCGGAAAUCCGCCACCUCAUCGUUGUAGGUGAAUCGGCAGAGGUGGAGCUACAACCGGCAAAAUUGGCAAGCUGUGCACCAAGCGUGGACGACGACCUGAUAUCCCUGAGUCCGGUGGUCAAUACCAACUUGAACAUUUUCGGCCAGGAUGGGCAAGGAAGCGUGUCGAUGCCGGCACCACUCCAGUUUGGGUUGGACUCUUUGCAGGCAUUUGACGCCUUCGCAGCCGCACCAGCCUACCCGCAGCACAGCAUUCAGGCUGCGCAGGCGAGCCCUGAAGAGCACAAGAAAGAGCUUGCUGCAGUUCUACGCUGGACGGGUGGCAACACGCUUGACAGUGACAUCAAGCAGUUUGCCUUGCUCUGCGAGCAGAACGUGGAAGCACUAUGGAGGAGCCGUGCCUGGUCUGUGGUUCAGGGCAAAGACAAAGAGGCAUCAAUGGGACUCUCAGCAUGCUUGACAGUGCUGCGGAUGCCGAGAGAAGAUGUCAUACCGAACGAUCCCGACCCGUUGGUGGAGGAGCGGACACUCAGUGAGCGGCUGGCAGAAAGGCUUCGCGCCCAUGCACACUGGAUCACUCCCGAGGUUCAGCAGGUCGGCAACGAUCUCAUUGCCGAGGCAUUGGGCCUCGAUCAACGUGGUCUACUGGGAAAGGGCAAGCUCGGACCGGGCUCGGUCUUCAAGGGCCUUGAGCAAGAGCAGGUACAGGAAGAAGAGCAGGAGGAGGAGCAGGAACAGGAGCAAGAAGAAGAGCAGGAGCAGGAGGAGGAAGUGGAGCAGGAAGACGAGGAGGAAGAAGCUGCCGAUCUGAAGUUUUCAAGGGAAGAUGAAGGUGAGCUGGCCUGGAACCCGAUGCUCCUUUCAGAAGAGCCAAGACUCUCCGAUAGCGGUUACACGUUCUACCGGUGCUGUGAUGGGCUCUCUGUUUUUAAUGGCAAGCUCAUGCAGGCACAGAAAUGCCUACGCUUUCCACCGUGGUUUAUGGCGUCGCAGAAUUACUUUCGACAGCAGUGGCGACUGAAGACUGUCCGGCGACUGAAAUGCUGCCUGAUGCUGGUGGAGUGGGUGCCUGGCGGGCGCACGCGUGAGCUUCUGCAGCAGGUCGAGGCCGUUGCCCCCGGCUCGGAUGCUUUGCGCGCGGCUCUGAACGCCUUGGAGCUGGAGGGUGUGGAGGAGCUCACGGAGCCACAGUCCAAGUCCCUGAUGGAAUGCUUGCACCUACAAGCCGGCGGAUAUCAGAACCUGCCGUUGUCCAGGACGGUCGCUGAGCUCAGCCGGAUGAUGCAAUCGGAAGCACCGACGUGUCCCGUGCAGCCCGGACGCUUCUUCUGCUUGGUCUCCCUCUUUGAAGCCGAGCAUCUCCGAGCAGUCCUUCACAGCAGGCCGCCCUUCUCCAUGGGUGUCGCGCUGCGCGCCCCUGUGGCCUUGGAGGGGCAGCCGCUGGAUACCAGCAAUGACUUCUCACUGGGCCCUCCCUUUCAGUCAUUUGCUGCAAGCCAGCUUAGCCGCUUCGUAGAUUCCGAGGUCUCAUUUAGUGCUCGAGAGCUUUGUGCAGUCGACUUAUGCCUCACGGGGAGCAAGCACGAAGAGCGCUUGGAAUGGUGGGAGCAAGUGCGGCACUGCAGACGUCGAGCACAAACACGGCCUGUUCCAUCGUUAUCCGUCGCUGCUCUGCUUCUUCCUCCGAGCAUUCGACACAAGGCACGGCUUGAGAGCUCCAUCGCAAAGGUAAGAACGGUCUUGCGCCGCCGCGGUGCAAGUGCAAGGCAGUUGUUUGCCCUUCAGGCUGGAGGCAAGUGCCUGCAUCUGAGCGCGCAAGAUCUCACGCAAGCGCUUCAGCAGUUUGGUCUUCUGGAUGCCAUUGAUGCUGGGCGACUCGCAUUGACGGCGGCAAGGAUGGAUGCAGGUGAGGGUGUCACAAUGGAGCGAGCGAGCGUGAGCCUCUCCAGCUUCUUGCAGCUCAUGGGAUCUUUACCUGGGGGUGAUGACAUCGACGAAGUCGGUGGGAAAGAAGCUGCCUUGGACGCAGCUCCUUCGCCAUCUGCUGCGCUGGCCGAGUGCCAGCUGAGUCUGGAGGCCGGGCGAUGGUCGGUCAAAGUGCUGACACAUGACCGUCUGGUCGAAGUCUGGACAUCUCGCAAAGUACCAGGGACCGAGGCAAGGCCCUUCAGCAUCUGGCGGCCCGACUUGAAGUCUGGCGCUGCUGCCGGAGGGAACUCGAUUCAGCAGGGCCUCAGGAACCUGGUUGGUGCAGGAAAUGGGCGCCUCUUCUUGCUGGGAGAUGUUGGACGACGCGGGCUGGAAGCGCCUGCUGCAUGUUUGGUCGUCAAGAUCAAACCCUCGAAAAGCCCUCCCAAAGGAGGAGGACUUGGUUUAGGACUAGAGGCUUGGAUGUCGCGCUUUUUGCCGCGCCCCGUCGCAUUUCGAUUGAUUUGGUAUGACAGACGUGGAGCCACAUCAGAAGCCUCCGCCCAAAGUCAGGGUGCAUCCAACCCAGGCGGUGAAGGCCUCUAUGUGUGGCGACCGGUGCCCCCAAGCGACCUCUACAUAGCUUUAGGUGCGAUAUGCACCACGGACUCAUCUGAACCUCGGGGCGUUGAUGUUCGUUGCGUGCCGCGUGCCUGGCUGGUUCGAGGGGACUCCUUGGGACCAACUCUCUGGAGCUUGGGUGACCGGCAGGAAGUGCGAGUGCAAGAAGCGCUAGGUGGAGUCAUCGCUUGCCCAACCGAGAACCUCCGAUAUCUCCCCAGCUGGGGCUUCAUAUCUGAGAAGUUCUUCGUUGGCUCGUGA